AUGCCAGACCUCAACAAGACACCAGUAGAGCCACUCGUGUACGCCUCUCCCGCUGAAACACAGCCCCUCAAAACCCAGACCGCGACGCAGCUCGUGUCCCAGAUCGAACACCCAGCCGACGACGACUUCGUAUCGCGUACGUACCGGCUCGGGCGCAAGCCCCGUCUCAAAGACGUCGUGCUCGACACAGGCGCGCGGGCGAUUAGCGGGACGCACUGCUCGAUCGAGUGGGACGGGGACCACUGUGUACCACGCCCCGCGUGGCCCGCGGUCAAUUCGGUGAACGGAACGCUCGCGAGCAUGCGAUCUCCCCGCGCGCCGCGCCACACCGCCCGCUGA